UUGAGAGAGUUGACUGCUGGGCGCGGGUAACGGUUAUGAAGAUUUGACCGGUAAGCCCAACCGUCAUCAACCUCUACAAAACUGAAACAAAGCCCUUGCUCACGCUUCAAAAUGUUUCAUUUGGCUCCAGCAAUCUCUUUCUUUGACAUUCACAAUGUCUUGAUGAGUCUCUUCUACGCUUUACGUGCCCAAUAAUCCACCAUCAUCAAAAUGAUCAAUCAGAUUCCUUCUUCUCCUAUGAUGAUCGUCAAUGACAGUUUUCUCUAUCACAGGCUUCCUUCCCAAACCCUUAAACUCUCCAUCCUCAAAUUGGAUGCCUCUUCCUUCUAUGUUGAAGUUGCAAAGACGGCAAAUGUAGCAGAACUCAAGAAGGCGGUGGAGGCGGCUUUCGGUUACAUGCCUCAGAAGGGGCCAGGGAAAAUAUCAUGGCCACAUGUUUGGGGGCAAUUUUGCUUAAGCUAUGAAGGACACAAGCUAGUUACUGAUACGGAUUAUCUCAGAGAUUAUGGCAUCAAGGAUGGUAAUCAGCUUCAAUUCAUACCCCAUGUAUCCAACAUAUCCAACACCAGCAGUUUUCAAAGAAGGGGGUUGAAGAAGCGAGUUGUCAAAUUGAAACAACUUAGGAGGUGCAGGUCAUCGUCACAGAUCAAUAGGCAUCCAAGGAAAGAACAUGGUGGUGAUGGCGAAAUUUGUUUGGAUGAUAUAGAGACAGGGAAUACUCAAAAUUGGAAUGCACAAGAAAAUAGCUCUGGAAAGAGCAGGUUAACUCGAUUUUUUGAAGGGUUAUUCUCACACACCCGGCAAUCAGUUGUGAGAAGAGCAAAAAUUGAAGCCAGGAUCUGGCCCUCAGUGAUUUCCAAAGGUGUAGUGAGCAGUUUUAGGAAAAUUAGAAGAAUUUUAUGCUAUUGCAGGAGGCAGUGCUACAUUAGAAGACACUCAUGGAGAGAAUUUUCAAUAUAGAGUUUUCAUUUUAAUGCUUUGAUUCCCUAGUGUAUGCACACUGUUAAGACAUAUUUCAACGGUAUAUUUUGGCUCUUUUAUUGGAGGAGACUGUAUUAUAUUUCUUGGACAA